AUGACUGAAGCAUUGAGCCCUAAUCCUACAGUGGUGCAGAAACAGAGAACGACGGUCUUAUCUCCGGUCAGCACUUUCUUUCUCGGUUCCAACAAUGAUAAACUCGAACGUGCUCAGGCGCGUGCUGCCCGUGCUGCUCUCAUCCGCCGGAAGCCGGUCACUCUCAACAAUGCCGCUGAUGCUAAUCCUACGGAUCCAUUUCUAGGUCAAGAGCAGAUUAUGGAGAUGUUCCAGAACUGCAUCAAAUUGGCUAGUGAAAAUAAAAUUAAUCAGAAGAAUACGUGGGAGCUGAAUUUGAUAGAUCAUCUUUGCGACAUUAUUAAGGUUGAAGAAGAAAAUGAUGUUGAGACCAAUUUUCAGAAGGCAAGUUGCACUCUUGAAGCAGGAGUUAAAAUAUACUCGAUGAGAGUGGAUUCUGUUCAUUCUGAGGCAUAUAAGGUCCUUGGAGGGAUUAAUCGUGUUGGACAAGACUUGGAACAAGACAGUGUAGAGGAUGGCAACACUGACGCUGAUCAAGGGAAACAAAAUUCUACCAAGGAGCAGGAACGAAAGUUAUCUCCUCUUUCAACACUGGAAUCAUCAUUUGACACUCUUAAUGUGAAGAAAUUUGAUGUUGCAUUUGCUGUGGAUCCUCUUUACCAUCAAACAUCUGCCCAGUUUGAUGAAGGCGGAGCAAAAGGUCUCUUGCUGAAUAAUCUUGGAGUCUAUGGUGGAUGCCGAGUACUUUUUGAUUCACUUGAAGUACCUGGGAAGUGCAUGUCUUGUUCAGUCCAAAGUGAUAAAGCCGAAACAAUUGAUAUUUCUCAUGCCAAAGAGUGUAUGGAAGAAAUGAUGAUCAACAUCUCAAAGAACAAUGAAAUCUCACCAAGUCUCAAGGAUAUAAUCAAUAUGUUUGAUGAAAAUAAUAGAAGACCUCCAGAUACCUUCACUUUUGCCCAAAAUUCUAUAGAAUCUGGUUAUGAAGCUUAUGACAAUGAUGACUUUGACGGUGAUCUAGAUGAUAACUCCAAAACGUGGGAUUUCAUUGAUGACAACAAAAUGAGUCCUACUGAGAAUGGCACUUAUGAUAGAGAGGAAGAACCCUUCAUACCCAAUCAUCAUGAGGAAAAUGAGCAAUAUGUUUCUCAUGAUCCUGAUGUAGAUGAUAGAUUUGUAGGAGUUGAUGACUUCUUGUUUCUAAGACUAGGUGUGACUGCCAGACAAAAUGCCUGGGCAGGACCUGAUCAUUGGAAGUAUCAGAAGAGUAAAGGUCCAGGAGAUGCUGCCAAGGAAAACGGAUCACCAUUGUUGCCCAAAAAACCAAGGAACAGGAAACAAGUUGAACUUGAUAUAGAAUUUGUGAAAGAGUUGGACAAGGACGUGGCUGAUCCCUUUGUUCCACCUAAAAAUCUCAAGUCACUGCUCUUGCCUGCAAAUAAAGAACCCUGUAACACGACACUUCCUGAAGAUUGUCACUACCAACCAGAGGAUCUUGUCAAGUUAUUUCUUCUACCAAAUCUUUUGUGCCUUGGGAAGAGAGGAAAGAGGCAUUCAGAUGAACUUCAUCAAGAAGAAGUGAAUGGAGCUUUUCCAUCUUGGGAUGAUGAUUGCGGAAUUGGCGGCCAAUUUGAUGAUGGUAAUGCUUAUAGUGAUGUUGAAGACUCUAGCACACUUGUCUCUCAACCCCGCCAGGUAAACAAGAUUGAAGUCCAGUAUGACAAAAAGUCGAAACAAGUUGAUGUUCAUAUACUGAAGGAGACUCUUUGGUCAUCUAUGCAAGAAAUACAUAGAUCAGCUGAAGAGGAGACAUUAUCUUUUAAGAACAUCUUGGCAUCUUUUCCAGCUGAGAAGAAGAGACCAGCUGCUGCAUCGAUUGAUGACAUCUCGUCGCACCUUUGUUUCAUCUGCAUAUUGCAUUUAGCUAAUGAACACGGAUUAAGCAUCCAUGGCUCUCCUAACUUGGAUGAACUCACCAUACAUCUACCAUCACACCCUGACAUUCUAUAAUAAGGUGAUAUAAAGCUUUUUGUUAUCUGUUGGCUUAGCUUUUGGUUUUGUGGUGUUGUAACUUUUCAAUCUAAUGUUAGUGUUGGAUCUCCACCUCAUAGAUACCAUUUGUAACAAUUCUCAGUUCAAUGAAGUUUUUGCAUAUUCUGU